AUGGGGACACCAGCCCGGUUCGCGAGGCCGUGCCGCUCGAUCAGCGCCGUUCUCCUCCUGGAAAUGCUCUUUCUCCUCCUGUUCUGCCGACACGUUUCUACCCACUGCAAGAUCUCGCGCUGCAACUCCGAGUACCUGGCCGCCACGCAGGACGUGCGCGGCCCCAGCACGACCGCCGCCUACUGCACGGCCUUGCGAUCCUACUCCCGAUGCACCCGGCGGACGGCCCGCACCUGCCGCGGCAACCUCGCCUACCACUCUGCCGUCUACGGGAUCGAGGACCUCAUGAUCCAGAACAACUGUUCCCGGGAGGGUCCGACUUCGCCUCCCUGGCCCCCUGCCCCGGAACCCAACAGGCAGAGCUUCGAAUCGCUGGAUAUCUGUGACUAUGAGAAGAGUUAUGCUCACAAGCACAGCCGGCCCCCUGCGUACCAGCACUGUGCCACCUUUGGGGACCCCCACGUGCGGACUUUCAGCGAUGAGUUCCACACCUGCCGAGUGCAGGGUUCCUGGCCGCUCCUAGACAACCACUAUCUGUUUGUGCAGGCCACGAGUCAUCCCAUAGCGGAAGGGUCUAAUGCCACAGCUGUUGGCAAGCUGACCAUCAUCUUCAAGGACGUGAAGGAGUGCAUCGAUCAGAAGGUGUACCAGGCGGAGAUCGGCGACCUGCCGGCGGCUUUUGCGGACGGCUCGACGAAUGGCGGCGAGAGGCCCGGAGGAAACAGCCUGGCCAUCCGCGAGCGCUCCCCUGGGCGCCACGUGGAGAUCCGAGCGACGUACAUCGGCACCACCAUCGCGGUGCGCCAGGCGGGGGAGCAGCUCUCCUUCUCCAUCCGGGCGGCCGAGGAGGUGGCCUCCUCCUUCACCGAGGAGCAGGACCUGCAGCUGUGCGUGGGGGGUUGCCCGCCCAGCCAGCGCCUCUCUCGCAGUGCCUGUUGCCACGGCCGCCCAGACCCGGCCGUCGAGAAGGCCCGCCGCCUGUGCCGAGGGAAGCUGCCCACGGAAGACGUCUACUUCCAGGCGUGCGUCUUCGACGUGGUGACUUCGGGGGACGCCAACUUUUCUCUGGCCGCUCGCGACGCCUUCGAAGACGCCAGGACAUUCCAGACGGACUUCAGGAAGCUCCACAUCUUCCGGACGGAUGCCGCCGCUUCUCCCGGAGGCUCCCCUCUCCUCCUUCUUCUCCCGGUGGCCAUUUCUGGACUUCGAUCGAACCUUUACACAUCUCUCUUCACUGGCUAUUAG